AAAAUGAGUGAAAAGGGGUUAUCAAAUUCUGAUUUGGACUCGAAAACAAGGAAAAACAAAAGAUUGGGGAAUCGUCGUCUGGGAUUAUGAAAUUGGACAAUUUGGGAGUGAAUUUUGUGCCAGUUAAAAAUGAAUGGAAAAUUUUAAUGGAAUGUUGUGAGAAAAAAUGUGGAUCUGUUUGUGUUAAAGGAAGCGGGUCGGUCAAGUUAAUUAAUGAAGAGAUUGUUGAAUAUAUUAAAGGGAAAGAUCAAGCUGUUUCUCUGAUUGCUAAAAACGAAUUUAAAAAUCCAAAAGACGAAAUUAAUUAUUCUUUGUUUUAUUUUGAAGUUAAAUUUAAAAUUGAAGGAGAGAAGAAUGAUAAGUUGAGUAUUGGUGUUAAAAAUCAAGAGAAAUCAGCAGUUUUUUUUUAAUUUUGGAGCUGCUUGCAUUAGAUAC